GAUUUAUUUUACUCGAUUCCAAUUGAAUUUCACUUUUUUUCUAUUUUGCGUUGUAUGCGUUGUCCUUGUUAGUUUCGCGUGACUGACAAUGGCACUACGAUGCUUGGUAACGCAGCCGUCGAUUGGUUGGUAGCGUAAGCAUGGAAACGAACUGACCAAUCACUGUGCACACAUUCGCGAUGCGUCGUAUGCGCAGAAAUACCAUCUCCGCUCCUGUCUGACAUAUGUUAUGCUCGAUGCCAGGAUUUUUGUCGCAGCUGGUUGAAUGACGACGACGAAAUAUCAUGGCGGAAAACGAUAAGAAGGCGAUGUCACGUUUAAUGAAACUUGCGAACAAAUUCAACUGCUUUUACCUAUCAGGUUUACAUGCAGGAGAAUGUCGGGCUUUUGUUGUCGAUGGACAACAAGUUGGUCUUAUACGUCCAGAUGUGAUGAAAGAAAUAUUAAAUCACCCUCAAGUAUUUCAAGUACAUCCUGAAUAUGUACAAUUAAAUCCAGCUUUUCGGGAUUAUACUGAAAGAAGUGCACGUGUUGAUGAAAUAUUAAGGAAAUGGAAGGCAGGUGGAAAAUUUGUCACAUUAAGGGGCUGGAGAGAAGAAUGCCAUGAAGUGCGUGCUCAGUUCAAUACACUACCGUUGUUUAAAAUGGAUCGCUCAGCUACAUGUUUAUUUGGAAUUCGAAAAUAUGGAGUAGAUAUUAACGGCUAUGUAAUGGAUCCUGUAAAGGGUUUAUCAAUAUGGUUGCAAAAACGUAGUCCGAAUAAACAAACGUGGCCUGCAUACUGGGAUAGCAUGGUAAGCGGUGGACUGACUGUUGGCUAUGGCAUAAACGAAACCGCAAUAAAAGAAGCUGGUGAAGAAGCUGGAAUACCAAAUCAUCUUAUUGCGAAACUCAAGAGCGCUGGUUGCGUAUCAUUCUUCUUUGAGAGUGAGAGGGGUCUAUUUCCUAACACAGAAUUCGUAUAUGAUCUGGAACUGCCGCCCGACUUUGUACCGAAUAACAGUGAUGGAGAAGUAGAGACCUUCGAAUUACUUCCCGUUAAUGAAUGCUUAGAGAGGAUACUUUCUCCACAUUUCAAGACCACAUCUAUACCAGUUGCGCUUGACUUUUUAAUUAGACAUGGAUACAUCACAGCAGAGAAUGAGCCUAACUUUAUACAGAUUGUGGAGUUACUUCAUGUACCUCUGCAAACUAUGUACAAACAUCGACACAAAACUAGUGAUGAAAUGGCCAAUGGUGAAGCGAUCAAAGCUUUAGAAAAAAUUUAAGUUUCUCUAGAUUUUUAAUUUUACUGCGCUAAAGGCUAUGAAAUUUAUGAAAUGAACAAGAUUAUUCCUUUUGCUCUAAUUCUUCAUUAAAUGUUGACAAAUUUUAUAUUAAAUGCAGUUGUACACAUAUAAUACUUAAAUCUUUUUCUUAUUCUUAAAUUAUUAAU